AUGGCGAAGCUCCUCCGGGCUCGGGCUAUUUACGACUUUAACUCCGAGAACCCCGGCGAGGUGUCUGUUCGCGAGAACGAGAUAGUAACUUUGCACAGCGAGAAAGACAUCGAGGGCUGGUUGGAGGGCACCAAUAGUAAAGGCGAGAGGGGGCUCGUCCCCGCGUCCUACGUGGAGAUACUGCGAGAGGACGACAACAACGCGUAUCCCGAGUCCCGUUACGCGAACGUGCCGUCCACAGGGAGGGCGGAUAACGCUUUCCCCCCUCCUGCCCAGCAGCAGGUUAACCAGCAGACCAGCGACGAUGACUGGGACGACGACUGGGACGACAGCUCCACCGUGGCGGACGAGCCGGGCACCCCCCGGGACUUUGAGGGCAACGGGCCCUCCGGCUACAGAGUGUCAACAUCCUCCGCUGCGAGAGGUCAGCACCCCAAAAGCUCGGCCACGGUCGGCCGGAACCUGAACCGGUUCUCCACCUUCGUCAAGUCCGGAGGCGAGGCCUUCGUGCUGGGCGAGGCGGAGGGAUUCGUGAAGGACGGGGAUAAGAUCUGCGUGGUGAUGGGCCAGCACGGUCCCGAGUGGCAGGAGAACCCGUACCCGUUCACCUGCGCCAUCCACGACCCCACCAAGCAGACCAAGUUCAAAGGGAUGAAGAGCUACAUGUCCUACAGGCUGACGCCCACGCACACCGAGCAGCAGGUGCACCGACGCUACAAGCACUUCGACUGGCUGUACGCCCGCCUGGUGGAGAAGUUCCCGGUCAUCUCGGUGCCGCACAUCCCCGAGAAGCAGGCCACGGGGCGCUUCGAGGAGGACUUCAUUUCCAAGAGGCGGAAGGGCCUGAUCUGGUGGAUGAACCACAUGACCAGCCACCCGGUGCUGGCGCGCUGCGACGUCUUCCAGCACUUCCUCACCUGCAGCAGCACCGACGAGAAGAACUGGAAGAUGGGCAAGAGGAAGGCCGAGCGGGACGAGCUGGUGGGCGCCAACUUCUUCCUGACCAUCAGCACGCCGCCCGCCCCGUUGGACUUCCAGGAGGUGGAGAGCAAAAUCGACAGUUUCAAGUCCUUCGCCAAAAGGAUGGACGACGGCGCCCUGCAGCUCAACGCCACCGCCGGCGAGUUCGCUCGCAAGCAGAUGAGCGGCUUCCGGAAGGAGUACCACAAAAUGGGCGUGGCCUUCAAGGUCCUCAGCCAGGCUUUCGAGAUGGACCAGCAGGUCUACUCGGCCGGACUCAACCGGGCCAUCUCCUUGACGGGGGAAGCCUACGAAUCCAUCGGGGAUUACUUCGCCGAGCAGCCCGCCAAGGAUUUGGAGCCUAUUAUGGACCUGUUAGCGCUUUAUCAGGGACACCUGGACAACUACCCGGACAUCAUCCACGUGCAAAAAGGCGCCCUAACCAAAGUCAAGGAGAGCCAGCGUCACGUAGAGGAAGGCAAAAUGGAGGCGGCGCAGGCGGCGGACGGAGUCAGCGAACGCUGCAACAUCAUCUCGUGCGCCACGCUGGCCGAGAUCCAGCACUUCCACCGGAUCCGCGUGCGCGACUUCCGGGCACAAAUGCAGCACUUCCUGACGCAGCAGAUGGCCUUCUUCGGCAAAAUCACCGUCACGCUGGAGGAGGCGCUGCGCAAGUACGACGACGCCUAG